AUGGCUCCGACAUUGGCUUUGCUGGUCCUUUGUCAAGUAGCUUUAUACACAACUGUAACAUCCAAGAAAGUGUGUGGCCGACCUCUUGUCACUGACGGGAUUGAAGAGUUGACCUUAAAACAUGUGUACGAAGUUGGAGAAGAGGUGACCCUCACAUGUGAACAGGGGUACUUGCCUUCAACAGCGACCCCUCGACAGAUGACCUGUACUACCACAGGAGAAUGGACGCAGUCAGACCUGGCAUGCGCCCCUAAAAUGUGCCCAAUCCCGGGACCUCUGCAGCCAUUAGCAAUGGGGAGGACAGAAGCUCCAUUCAAGAGUGUGCUCAACUACACAUGUGAUGACGGGUACGUCAUGCAAGGAGCCAAUGAGAGCAGGUGUUUGCAUGAUGGUACCUGGAGCAACCCACCACCUCUCUGCAAAGCUGUGAACUGUCAGCUGCCCAGGCCACCUACAAAUGGAAAAAUUGCCCAUGAUAAGCCAGUUACUGGAAGCACCACCAUGUAUGGGCAAGGCUGGACAUACGAGUGUAACCCACCUAAGGCACCAAGUUAUGAGAGGGGAUACUGCAUGGCUGAUGGAGGAGCAACUGAGCCACCGGUGUGCCGAGAGGUGAGCUGUGCCAUCCCACCAAGCAUACCAAAUGGCUUCAUCACCUUUGCUGUGAUGAGACAACAUGGCUACAAGGAAAAGGUUAAGUACGCCUGUAAUGAGCACUAUCAUCUGGAUGGUGAUGCUGAGAUACAGUGCCAAAACACAGGAAACUGGUCUUCCAAGCCAGUGUGUAGAGCUCCCUGCAAAGUUGGCAUCAAAAGAGGUCGUAUCUUCUACAAUGCCAAGAAGCUCUGGAUUGCGGACCUGAACCCCAACAGAGUCCUCCAUGGAGAACAUGUUGUCUUCUAUUGCCUGAACAAAGCUGAGAGGUGUGGCUACCCUGUGACCACCACCUGUAACGAUGGAACGCUGCCCAUCCCAGAGUGCUUCAAUGAACCAGGCAAGGUGGAGUACACCUUAAGGCCCAAAACCCUUCCAUCAGAAAUCCCAAUGUGUGUUUCUUCACCCCCUACAAUCCCCACAAGCCCUGCAAGAUCGGCAUAACUUUGCCCAGAAUGACCUGAAA